AAAAAGAAAAAAAUAAUAAUUAAAAUACAAACUAAAAAAUAUAAAAAGAAUAUCUAAAUGAACUAAGGACUUUAAACUGUAAAAAAUACUCACCCUCAAGUCUAUGACUAACUCUCAUAACUAAUGGCUUCAAUGAUCAAAUUGACUAUUGACUACGAGUAGAAACCCCUGAAUAACAUAAACAAAUAAUUUUAAGACUGUAUCAUGAACUACUUUUUUGAAGAUUUCAUUGGUGACUUGAUAAAAAAUAGAUUUGAAAACCUCACCAAAAACCAAAUAAAAAAUAACUUUAUGAGGACUAUCUCUGAUGAAAUGAGUAUGAAAAAUACAAAUUAAAAGGCUCCCUUUAAAAAUAGUAGCUCUUUAAAAACCUUCUCAGAAAAGAAAUACAUGCUCUUACCUCAAAAAUAUAUUGAAGAAAUUAUCAACUAAAAGAAAGAAUCUGAAUAUAUUUAAUUACUUUGUUAGUACAUCUUAGAAGAUAUACGCUUUUCUGAAGGAGAAUUAAGAUGGAGAUCUCAGAUUCGCAAAAAAGUAUUCUCUGCUUUGUUAUUGGUACAUUUCUACAAUGGCUAUCCUAUCUAAUCUAUCUUUGAGAUGUGGGAUAACACGUUUCCAACUUAGAGCAUCAAAAAUAAAAAGAAAGAAUCUAAAAAAUAUCAAAAAAAAAGAAUAGCUCAUUCCCCAAAAAUAGUAAUUGAAGAAAAAUUAAAAAACUAAGUCUCUAAAAAUACUUCUGCUUAAUACGAAUCUGGAAAAAGAAAGUGCUCAUCUAUUUAGAUAAUUGAACCUCCAAUUUCAAAAAAAUCAUAAAUAGAUCAUUACUUUUCAAAUUUUCCCUGCUAGCUUUAAUAGAAUUCUUCAUAAAUCUUACUGGGUUCCAACACAUUAACUCCCUUACAUCAGUUACCUUCAUUUUAAUAGUAAUCUGUUUCUAAUGAGCUUGAAACUGAGUAAAGCGAAGACUCCAGUGUAAAAUUUCAGAGUUAAGACUAGUCAAACACUUUCUAUGAAGAGAGUGUUUAUAGCUGCAAUCAACUAGGUUAAUAAAAUAACCUUUGUUAUGAUACAGCUAAAUUUGAGAAUCACUUAUUUAAUCAAGCCAAUCAUAUAUUUGAUUUUCAAAAUUAAUAACAAGAAUCAUUAAUUGAAAAAUGCCAAAAUUUUCUCUUCUAUUCUAACUAUGACUAUGAGAAUUAAGCCUAUCAAGAUGCUAUGCCUAACUAUGAAAACGGGUACUAUCCAUCUUAUGUUGAAAGUAGCUUAAAUUCAUAUCAAGGCGAAUUUAAAAACUUUGACUUAAACAUGCAAUACUUUUCUUGA